AAUAAUAAUUGCUGAACAAGCUGUGAUGAGCUGACAUGAAGACUAUGGCUGCACAAGUAAAGAAUGGCCAUCCUCCACUCUGUCUGUUUGUACUGAUAAAUCUUAUCCGAGGUCUGCACGGACUCAGCAUUGAUUAUGACCAAACUGUUACUGCUUCACCUGGUGACAAUAUUACAUUAAAAUGCAUCCUGCGUGGGGGAAAGGGUACCACAAUUGUGCAGAUACAAUGGAGUAAUGUAAACAGCAAUGACUCUGGUGCUUUUAUAGUUGCUAACCAUCGAUAUGGUAGCUAUCGCACCAUGGAAGCUGUAGAGUUUGAAUCAAAAUCACCAACCAAUGGGACAGGUAACAUUCAUUUCACAAAUGUAAAAGUGUCUGCUUCUGGAACGUACGUGUGUACUUUUAUCACCUUUCCAACUGGAAACCUAAAGGCGUUGACCAUUCUCACUGUUCUUAAAGAAGCUAAUUCGCAGAAUGAUGUAUCACCAGUUGUAUUUGAAGCAAUGCUGAACAGCACAAUGCUACUCCCUUGUGGCUUCAACAUUCCUGCCAGGCAAAUUACUAGCCUGGUGUGGUUUAGAAAUAGCAAUGGAGCUGUUGAAAAACUUACUCAGUCAAACAGUCUUGGAUCUGAAAUUGAUGUUUCCAGCCAAUACCAAGGUAGAAUCCAGCUAGGGAAAAACUAUAGUUUGGAGAUCGAUCCUGUUCUGGCAGUGGAUGAUGGAGAUUUCAUCUGUCAGGUGGAGACAUCAAAUGAUCAAAGGACCAAUGUCACAACUAAAGUCAAUGUAUUUGCUGAACCGACGACUCCAGAAAUUCAUGAGGAACUGAACUAUUUUUCUUUGACCAAGCUACACUUGAAUGCUACCUGCAUCUUACAAAAGGCAUAUCCAGAGCCAAAUAUCACAUUCUACUUUGAUGGACUUCCUCUUCGUGAUGGGGAUAAUGAAUCUGUUAUAGAAUCAGAGAUCCUCCUGGACUCAAAUGGCUUGUAUAAGGUGAAGAAAAGAUUGUCCUUAGAGACUGAAGCCAAUCAUUGGAGGUUUUUCUGGUGUGAGGCUGUGUUCUCGCUGCCUAGAAAUGAGAGCAGAAGGAUGCAGUCCAAAAUGAUACCUCUCAAUAACUAUCUGAGCAGAAUUGAAUUUACUCCUGAAGGACCCUACAACGUGGUUCUCAAAGAUUCCCUGAACAUUUCAUGCCAUGCCAACAGUUCUGUGAUUCCACUUUACAAAUGGACAAAGGUUAAUGGAACAGUAUCAAGUUCCAAUCCAUUGAUUUUGAAGAAAAUAACUGAACAGACUGCUGGAAUUUACAUCUGUGAUGUUACUGUUCCAGGAACUAAUCUACAUCACAGUUCUUACAUUAAUGUCACCAUCAAAGGCAAUGAAUCCUAUGCUAGCACUGAGCUGACUACUAUGAUGCAGCUAUCAAAUGCCACUGCUUCAACCGCUAUUUCCAAAAACUCUACCAAUACUGAACUAUUUACUAAUGCUGGAUUGUCCACCACCACUCAAUCUUCUCAAACACCGGCUGUCUUCGGGUCAUCUACCAGCAUUGCUGUUACAUCAUCCAGCAACCAUGGACCAUCAACCACAAUCGGAUUAUCCACUAGUGAGAAACAGUUCACCUCCAUUCAGUCAUCAAUUAGCUUUGGAUUAACCAAUGGUACUGAAUCAUCUGUGGAGGCAUUCAACAACACCAUUUUAUAUACAGCAGGGAAUUAUGACAACAGGACAAAUCACAUUUACAUUAACACAGAUGACAAAGAAUCUGAAGGCACUGUGUCAGUGGCGGUGGUGAUAACUGUAAUCGUGAUCUUGAUGAUCUGUACUGCUCUAUUGUCUUAUCUCAUCAAAUGCUGGCAAGUCAGGAAAAAACUGAAUGAACCACCUCCAUUCAAACCUCCUCCUCCACCAAUAAAAUACACAGCUAUUCAGGUAUCUCCACAGGAUGAAGUCAACUAAAGAAGAUGGUGUUGAUACUUUCGGAUUGAGAGUAGUAUAUAUUUUCAUAUUCUACAUUUUAUGUGCAAUAUAUACAUUCAAUUUUAUGCUUUUAGAACAGCAAGUAUAACAUUUUAAUAUUCUGUGUGAUCCAUUUACAUUCUAAAACAUCUGUAUAGAUUUUCAUAAUUUUUUUUGCAUUAAUGUUUA